GCGUGCUUUUUCGAGCAGCGGGAAAAUCGCACGGUGCUCAAGCGGUUAACAAGCAGGCAGGCCCCGCUUCUCAGAAGUGUCUCUGAAUUCUGAAGCGGAAGACACAUAGCAAAGAAAGGCUGUAACAAAUCGCAGCAGUGGCUUCGACCGGAGAGGAGCAUUUGCUGUGCUGUGAUUGGCUGCCUGAGUGAGGGACAGGAAGCGGAAAUGGCAGAGCAAGAGUCAGAUACUCUCCCACUGAGCCAGGAGUCUUUCCAGGAGCUGUGGAACAUGAUCGUUGCUCAACCCACCACCAGUGUCUCUCCAGUUGUGGCAGACACCUGGGAAAGCCAAUUGCCAGUGGAUGCCCCUCUCAGCGGGAACUUUGAGGCGGUGUUGAGCUAUGAGAUGCCCACCACUGCUACGCCCCAGCCAUCGGUGUCGGCUUUGGACAGCGGCCCCCCGCUCGCCUCCGUGGUCCCCUCCACCACCGACUACCCUGGAGAUCUGGGCUUCCGUCUGCACUUCCCUGAGCAGUCCAGCACUGCCAAGUCUGUCAACUCCACCUUUUCUCCGGACCUGAACAAGCUGUUCUGCCAGCUGGCCAAGACGUGCCCCGUGGAGAUUCUGGUGGACCACUCCCCUCCACUGGGGGCCGUCCUGCGCGCCACCGCUGUGUACAAAAAGUUGGAGCACAUGGCCCUGACGGUGCGCUGCUGCCCCCACCACGAGAAGACCCAUGAGUUCAACAACGGUCCUGCCCCCCCAAGUCACCUGAUUCGAGUGGAGGGCAGCCAGCAAGUCUCUUACAUGGAGGACUCCAACACCGAGAGGCAUAGCGUCGUGGUUCCCUAUGAACUCCCACAGCCGGGCUCCGAGUGCACCACGGUGCUGUAUAACUACAUGUGCAACACCAGCUGCAUGGGCGGCAUGAACCGCCGGCCAAUCCUAACCAUCAUCACGCUGGAGACGCAAGAGGGCCAUGUCCUGGGCCGCCGCUGCUUCGAGGUCCGUGUGUGCGCCUGCCCUGGCCGGGACAGGAAGACUGAGGAGGAGAAGUUCCAGAAGAAGCAGGAGAAGACGAGCACCAAGACCUCUGGCGGGACCAAGCGUAAUUUCAGGGAGGUGUCUCAGCCCACCACCCGCCCAGAGGUCAGCAAGAAGCCCAAGACUGUGUCCAAGCCUGAGGAGGAAGUCUACACGCUGCUGGUCCGCGGGAAGGAGCGGUACGAAAUGCUGAAGCACAUCAACGAUGGCCUGGAGCUGCAGGACCUGGUGCCGGCUGCCGACCAGGACAAGUACCGGCAGAGACAGCCCAAGACCGCCAGCAAGCCGGAGCGUGAGGGGGCGGCGCCUAAGAAAGGGAAGAAGAUGCUGGUGCGGGGGGAGAGGAGCGACUCUGACUGAGGGGCGACACCCCCCCUCCCCCCGGUCACUUCUGCUUUCAAAUCAUGUAGCUGCUAUCUACACAACAACCCAGCUAGGGUGCCUUCACCAAAAAUAACUAAGCAUAAGCUAUAGCCUUUUUUAUGCUUUAUAUAAUGAAAAACUACACUAUCCUAGUGCCUGAAGAUUGGAGUCAGGGGGCUAACAGGUGGC